AUGAGUGACUUUUGCAAUCAAAACUCUUUUGAUUUAAAUGAGAUUCCAUCUGAUAUUUUUCCUUCACCUGAACUACUAAAUUCUGAACAAAACCCACCCAUUGAAUCUACAAUUCUUGAAGACUUUCAAGUUGAAGAUAAUGAUUCUUCAGAGAUGGAAACUGGUGUUUGUAUGUCUAUUGGGAAUAAAAGAAAAAACUUUACAAUCGAGCAGAAGAAAGAUGUGAUAAAAAUAUUACUGCAACGGAGUGAACUUGAAAAAUUGAAUAAAUUACCGAGUGGGAUACUCGAUGAAGUCGCUGGAAUAUUUUCUAUAUCAAGAAGAUCAGUUUCUCGCUUAUGGAGUCUAGCAAAGUCUCUUAUGCAUGAUGGUACCCUUCCUGAUUUAGACUCAAAGCUUUUACGGAAUGUUGGUCGCAAGAGAGUUGAAUUUGAUUGUGAAAGAAUUAAAGACGUACUUUUUCAACGUAGAACAAACAUAAGAUCUGCUUCAGCCGUAUUGAACAUUUCAAAAUCUACCUUUCAUAGGAGAAUUAAAGAAGGAUCAAUCCAAGCUCAUUCAAAUUCUUUGAAGCCAUAUUUGACCGAUCAGAAUAUGAAAUCAAGGCUGAAAUUUUGUUUAUCAAUGGUCGAUGGAAGUGCUAUUAACAAUCCUCGCUUUCUUGACAUGAACAACCAAAUACACAUCGAUGAGAAGUGGUAUUACAUGUCGAGAAUAUCAAACAAAUAUUAUCUCCAUCCGAAUGAAGAGGAGCCUCAUCGAACUUGUAAGAGCAAACGUUUUAUAACAAAAAUUAUGUUUCUCGCUGCUGUGUCACGACCUCAAGUUGAUAAAGAAUCAGGUAUGUCUUUUGAUGGAAAGAUUGGAAUUUGGCCUUUUGUUUUUCAAGAAGCGGCUAAGCGUAACAGUAGAAAUCGAAGGGCCGGUACUAUGGAAACUAAACCACUUUUAUCGGUUACUAAAGAAACUAUUCGAUCGUUUUUAAUUGAGAAAUUGCUACCUGCAAUUAAAGAAAAAUGGCCACCUUUUUGCAGUAAAACCAUUAUGAUACAACAAGAUAAUGCGAAACCGCAUUUAGAUAUCAACGAUUUUGCGUUUACUACUGCUGCAAAUACAGAUGGUUUUAAAAUUUCAUUAUAUUGUCAACCUCCUAAUAGUCCCGAUAUGAACGUAUUGGAUCUUGGUUUUUUUAGAGCCAUCGAUUCCCUUCAACACCAAGAGGCUCCUACGACAAUCGAUCAAUUUAUUAUGGCAGUUGAAAACGCUUAUCAAAACUUUCCUGAAGCGGAAUUAAACAAUAUAUUCUUAACGCUACAAUCUUGUAUGGUGGAAGUCAUGAAGGUUUAUGGAGGAAAUAAUUAUAAAAUUCCUCAUAUGAAAAAGCAUAGCUUGAUGAGAAAAGGAGAAUUAAAAGAAUGUGUUGAAUUUGACAAUGAAGUUUUAAUUCAAGCAAGGGCUGCACUUAAUGGUGAAGAUGGCUCCAACUGA